CCCUUUGCCGGGCGGCUCAGCAGCGUCCGGGUCCCUGCCGAUGCGCCGGGGAGCUGCCUGCAAAGACCGCGCUGCUGCCGGGACGGACGUGGGCUUGGUUUGGUUUGUCCCCUGCCUAAAGAUGAAUUUUGCUCGGCCGGUUUUUCUCCUCCCUCCCUCCCUGCCGUGCUCGCAGCCGCUUUCGGGAUCGCUGCCCCCGGCUGCGGCUGCCCCGGGCCCUGGGCUCGGGCGGGCGACGAGGGGCGUCUGCCUGGCUCCGGAGCAGGCAGGACUGGCUUUUCACGCGUGCUUGCGAGCGGGAGGUAUUCAGGGCACUUUCCUCGCUGGGGGAGGUCCGUCCCCCCGCAGCCCCCGCGGUGCCGCCCGCCGCCGCGCUCCACGGCGCGCUCAGCAUCGCGCAAACUUCUCUCUCGCUCCAGUUUCGCCGCCGCCGAGCAUCUGCGUGGCUCCAGCCGUCCCCCUCGCCGCAGGGCCCGUCCACCCACUCCCGCGCGCUCCUGCGCCCGCUGCCACCGCCACGCUGGCCGCGGCCGGGAGCCUGGACGUGUGGGUGCCGGCGGCGCGGACCUUCGGCCUCGCCGACUACGGCGUCUUCGGGCUGAUGCUGCUGGUCUCCACGGGCAUCGGGCUCUUCCAAGCCCUCUCCCGGGGCGGCCAGAAGACCUCGGACGACUUCUUCAUGGGGGGCCGGCGGAUGUCGGCGCUGCCGGUGGGGCUGUCGCUCUCGGCCAGCUUCAUGUCGGCGGUGCAGGUGCUGGGGGUGCCGGCCGAGGCGUACCGCUACGGCGCCAAGUUCCUCUGGAUGUGCCUGGGGCAGCUGCUCAGCACCCUGCUCACCGCCCUGCUCUUCCUGCCCGUCUUCCACCGCCUGGGGCUCACCAGCACCUACGAGUACCUGGAGCGGCGGUUCGGCAGGAGCGUCCGGCUGUGCGGCACCGUGCAGUACGUGGCGGCCACGAUGCUGUACACCGGGAUCGUCAUCUACGCCCCCGCGCUCAUCCUCAACCAGGUGACCGGCCUGGACAUCUGGGCAUCGCUGCUCUCCACGGGGGCCGUCUGCACCUUCUACACCACCAUAGGCGGGAUGAAGGCUGUCGUCUGGACCGACGUCUUCCAGGUCUUCGUGAUGCUCUCCGGCUUCGUCGCCGUCAUCAUCCGGGGGGUGCUGCUGGCCGGGGGCCCCGCCAGCGUCCUGGCCAUCGCGGCCAACGGCUCCAGGCUUAACUUUGGCGACUUCGACCCGGACCCGCGGAGCCGGUACACCUUCUGGACCUUCCUGCUGGGCGGCACGCUGCUCUGGCUCUCCAUGUACGGCGUCAACCAGGCGCAGGUGCAGCGCUACGUGGCCUGCCGCAGCGAGAGGGAGGCCAGGAUAGCGCUGCUGGUGAAUCAAGUGGGGCUCUCGGUCAUCGUCUCCAGCGCGGUGGCCUGUGGCGUUGUGAUGUUUGCGCUGUACAAGGACUGCGACCCCCUCCUCGCCGGCUACAUCUCGGCCCCGGACCAGUACAUGCCCUACCUGGUGCUGGACAUCUUCGAGACGUACCCAGGGGUGCCGGGGCUCUUCCUGGCCUGCGCGUACAGCGGGACCCUCAGCACCGCCUCCACCAGCAUCAACGCCAUGGCAGCCGUCACCCUCGAGGACCUCAUCAAGCCCAGGAUGCCCGCGCUGCCGCCGCGGCGGCUGGCCCUCGUCUCCAAGGGGCUGUCGCUGAUCUACGGCACCGCGUGCAUCACGGUGGCGGCGCUGGCCUCCCUGCUCGGCGGCGGCGUGCUGCAGGGCUCCUUCACCGUCAUGGGGGCGAUCAGCGGCCCGCUGCUGGGGGCCUUCAUCCUGGGCAUGUUCGUGCCGGUGUGCAACACGGCCGGAGCGUUCGCGGGCCUGAGCGCCGGCCUGGCCCUCUCCUUCUGGGUGGCCGUGGGAGGCACCGUGCACCCGCCCAGCGCCGCCGCCACGGGCGUGCUGCCGGCCUCCGGAGCCCUCUGCCCGCUGCACAACCGCAGCGCCGGCGCCAACGGCACCGUCCUCCUGGGCCCGCUGCCCCCGUGGGAGCCUCCCCCGGCCCCGGCUCGGCCGGCCAUUGUGGGUGACUUCUACGCCGUGUCCUACCUGUACUACGGGGCGCUGGGCACGCUGGGCACCGUGGCCGUGGGCGUGCUGGCCAGCUACCUGGCAGGACGGGCCGAGCGGCCGCCCCCGGGCGUGCUGUGGUGGGACGUGGCGAAGCGGCCGUCCUCGGUGGCUCCCACGGCAGAGAGGAUGCCCAAGGUCCCCGGCGGCGUCCCUGAGCUCCGUGCCACCGCUGCCCGGCUGCUGCAGGAGACCGACGUGUAGGGCCCGGCGCCGAGACGGGGGCAGCCCAGGCCGUGGGGACACUGCCCCACGGAAACCCCCCCGCCCCGGCCCCCUCUCCCCCCCGGCCCCAGUGGCUGCUCCCGGCCUCCCGGCGGCAAUAAAAGCGAUAAAGCGGGCGCGCGGCGGGAGCGUGUGGGGCUCCGGGCGGCGGGGCCACGGCCUCGGCCCCCGCACGGCACCGCGGGAGGACGGGGAGAG